AUGAACCCCUACGUCUUAGCUACCCUGUUAUUUUCACUUGGCCUCGGCACCACCCUUACAUUUGCCAGUUCCCACUGACUCCUCGCUUGAAUAGGCCUGGAAAUUAACACCCUCGCAAUCAUCCCUCUAAUAGCUCAACAUAACCACCCUCGAGCCAUUGAGGCAACUACCAAAUAUUUUCUCACUCAAGCCACCGCCGCCGCCAUACUAUUAUUCGCGAGCCUAACUAACGCCUGACUAACAGGCCAAUGAGAUAUCCAACUUAUAUCCCACCCCCUUCCCACCACUCUGGCAUCUCUCGCACUCGCCCUAAAAAUUGGCCUCGCCCCUCUUCAUACCUGACUGCCAGAGGUUCUUCAAGGGCUUGACUUACCCACAGGCCUAAUUCUCUCAACCUGACAAAAGCUAGCCCCUCUCACACUACUCCUUCAACUCCAACCCAUAAAUUCCUCACUCCUCAUCAUCCUAGGCCUAACCUCUACCCUUAUUGGGGGAUGAGGGGGCUUAAAUCAAACCCAACUACGGAAGAUCCUAGCCUAUUCCUCUACCGCCCAUCUUGGGUGAAUAGUCCUGGUCCUUCAGUUCGCCCCCUCUCUUACCUUUUUGACCCUUAUUAUUUACUUAACCAUAACCUUCUCAACAUUCCUCACCUUCAAUCUCAACAACUCCACAACCAUUAACACACUGGCCACAUCCUGAGCAAAAGCCCCUGUGAUUUCAUCGCUCGCACCCCUCAUACUCCUGUCCCUAGGAGGGCUUCCCCCACUUACCGGCUUCAUGCCUAAAUGACUAAUUCUACAAGAGCUAACUAAGCAAGACCUGGCCCCCGCAGCUACACUAGCUGCGCUAAGUGCUCUACUUAGCCUUUACUUCUACCUCCGCCUCUCAUAUGCCAUAGCCCUUACCAUAGCCCCAAAUAACCUAACAGGAACCCUCCCCUGACGGCUCCUCCCCUCACAACAUUCCCUCCCACUGGCCAUCUCAAUAACAGCUUCCCUGUCCCUCCUCCCUCUGACCCCCGCCCUUACAGCCUUAUUCACCCUCU